ACGUGUGCGAUGACGUCGCAGUGAGCCAAGGAUAGGGGGUCUGUUAAAUAAACCGUGAGAACAAAUAGACUUUCAUCAAUUGACAAUUCGCAAACUAAGCUACACAUUUGGAUCAAAAUGACGUCCGUUGUAUAUCGCUUGAUUGACAAGAAGAGCAUGUCAGCCGUGGGGCAGAGAGAGACGGCUGCCCUCAGGCAGUGUGUUCAGGCCCGGGCCCAGCUGGAGGAGGCCAUCACUGGGGUCAUCAAAGCUGACGUUCAGCUCAAGAGCAACUCCAGAGAGGUGAAGUCUCAGCUGCACAGCUGUAUCAGCAGACAUCUGGAGAUCCUGCGCUCUCGAGAGGUCUGGCUGCUGGAGCAGAUCGAUCUGGUGGAGCAGCUCAAAGGAGAAACUUUACAUCAGCAGCUACAGCAGCUUCAUUUGCUCAAAGGCCAGUUUGACAUCCUCAUUCAUCAGCUGGAGUAUUCCAGUAGUAACAAUCUUGCUACCCAGCUCACCAACUGCUUGGAGAAGUUAUCUUCGCUCAAUCUGACUCCUGAAGAAACCCCAGAGAUGAGUUUCCAAGCAGAUGCACGCACCUUGCGCCAAGCUAUCACAUCCUUUGGGACCAUCGCCACCCAGCAAAUGGAGACCUCAUGCUCUUUUGAGAGACCGUGGCUUCUUCAGGACUGCCCAGUUUCUUUCAAGAAACAGAAAGUAGAUCCUGAACGGGCCACACCUCUGGCUGAGUGGCUUCUAGGGAACCGUGCAGUGAGCAGCGCUCCUGUAAGAGACCACUUUAGCUCAAACCCGCAGGACUGGCUGCUUGUUUCCAAGGAGUCUCAGGAAGAGCAACAACUACCUGCCUUUGACUUCCAAAAAGCUUGGGGUCAGCUUCAUGACCUGGAGUCGUGGCUGAUAAAGGAGACAUUGCCUAUUCGUGAGAGAACCAGCAGCGGCAGCUCAACCUUCUCGAUCGAGAUGAUUGAGGAAAGCGACUUAAAUCUGGACGAGGUGGAACUGGAAGACCAGCAGGAAAAAGUGGACGACACCUUUGAGGAGGAAGAACUCAGCAAUUGGCUUGCCAGUCCGAGCCCAAUCAAGCAAGAGAAGACCAGCCAAGUAUCAGAUGCUGACCGCUUCAAUCUGAUCAUCAAGCCCUUCUACGAGAGCUUCUCCUACAGCGAUUGGCUACCAAAGUCUGACUGCGGCUCGUGCUGUCCCACACGCACCACAGCCGUGGAAAUCGAGAACCUCGGAAAGCUCAAGUGCCUAAAGACUCCGCCUUCAUCCGCUGCCAGCACUCCCAACCCCGAUCCCAUCGAGAUGUGGCUUCACAAGACCAUCCCUCUCGAGACCACCUGCAAAGCCAAUGAAACCUGUGCCAGCUACGCUCAAUGUGUCUGUGAUGAAAACUGUGGAAAAGAGGCUCUUAGCGCUUGGCUCCUCAAGAAAGAGGGUCGGGAUAAGAACGGGGUUCCCGUCAGUAAGAACGCCUCAAACAAAGCCGCCAGCCACCAGCAGGAGCAGGAGCAGAAAGUUCAGGCCAUCCUAGAGGCCUGGCUGCACCCGAGCAACAGUCCCAAAUCCCCGGCCCUGUCGUCCCUCUCUGCCUGGGUGACCCCGCACAUCAAAUCCUCAGACCCUGAGAGCUUCGUCCAGAAGCCUUUGCAGUCGGAGAACUGGCUUCUGCCAGCGAUGAAGUCCAUUAGCUGUACCACUGAGACGCCAAACAAGCCAGAGAGCGAGAACACAAAAGACCUCGAGGAGGAUAAAUGGCUUCUACGAAAGCGGGCCAGUGCACAGGAAAGGCUUGGCCUACCCACAGUAUGUGACCUGUUUUCCUGUAUGAAGCUCAGUGGGGACAAAGAAAAGUGGCUUCAGCACACCGCUACACAGAUUUGAAGGCAACAUCCAGUGGCUUUUUGAGAUUUACUCUAGCACCAUUUAACCGCUGAUUAUUGCACAAUAUUUUUCUUCCGUUCUCUUUAGGGAUUCGCUCUCUCUCUCAUCUUCUAGAGACUGAAAGAUUUUGGUACACCAUCACUUGAGGGAGUGUUUAUGCUGGGGAAUUACUGUAUUUUUGCCUUU